AUGGCGAACAACUCCCAAAACUCUCAAAAAUAUUACCAAAAUAUUGGGGAAAUUAAAAGAUCCCGCUUUUCAUUGUUCUCCCGCUCAAAAUCUACACAAUGCCUGGAUGUAUAUCAAAAGGGUUCUUCUAUCAAGAUGUCAGGAGUCACUUUGAGCCAACCCGAAAAUAAGUUAUUUACACGUUCCAAGAAACCUUACAAGAAGUUUCCUUCCAACCUACCACUGAAGGCUAAAUACAUGAGAAAUAAGAGCGCGGAGCGCUCUCUACUUUCAAACCCUAAGCACAUCUUCAGUAAGGAGUUUCAAGAACUACUAAAGCAAGACCAUGUAUCUGCUCUCAGAAAUCUUGAUCUCUCUUUCAACUGAUAUCGAUUUGUAUUUGACGAAACUCAAAAAUCCCAAAACAAGAAGGAACGAAGUCUUUCCUCUCAUAAAGCGAAUGCUAACUUUAAAAGAAAUCUAUCCAUUCACCAAUGCCAUAAAGAAGGAAAACGUCACCAUCUGAGCACCAAAGCUACAUCUACUGAAGAAUCAAAGCAUGGUUGUGUGAAACUCCCCUUCCUUAGGAAAAAGGAGCAGCUUAACAGUGAAAACAUAAAAAUACUUAAUCACAACAUAAACACAGAAGGUCCUAUGUGUCAUUUACAAUGUGAUUUUGAGCCUUCUUGGAAAAACACGAUUUUCACAAAGACAAGAGGAAGUCAUAAAAACAGGCACAACUCCAAGAAUUCAGCUUUAAAGAAAGCUAUUAAGAAGGUUAUAGGGCUAAAUGAUCUCCAUUUUAGGAGCAAAGAUCUUCUUAAGAGCUUAGGAGAUGCCUUCAAGAGUCAAAUAUAGAGUUUACACUCGAUGCUUUGUAAUAUAAUACUC